CUCGUAAUUUUAAGCCGGUAAUCCUUUUCCUAAAAUGCUUUUAUUUUAUCAAUUCUCACAUCUUUUAAAUGCGAGCUAUUUUCCGUGAAUAAGACGAGGAAGAAGAGACAAACUGUAUCAAGGAAUUUAUAAGAGGGGAAAUUCAAGAAAUUGUUUGGUUGUUUUCUCCGAUCUCAAUUCCGUCGAUCGGAAAGGAAAACAGAUGCCCACCGUCAUGGAAUCGUCGCCAUCGAACGUUGCUCGUAGUCGCUUGGCCGUUCUGGCAGCGCAUCUGAGCGCUGCGACUUUGGAACCGCCGGUGAUGGCUUCGUCCCUGGAGGCUAAUUGCGUGUCAGCUCGGACCAUGGUUGCGCCGCCUGAAAGAUUCAAGGGUACGUUGACGAUUGUAGAUGAGAGAACUGGUAAGAGGUACCAGGUCCAGAUAUCUGAAGAAGGCACCAUAAAGGCCACUGACUUGAAGAAGAUAAGUACAGGAGCAAAUGACAAGGGUCUUAAGCUUUACGAUCCAGGCUAUCUCAACACUGCUCCAGUUCGGUCAUCGAUCAGUUAUAUUGAUGGUGAUGAGGGAAUUCUUAGGUACAGAGGUUACCCAAUUGAGGAGUUGGCUGAGAGUAGUACCUAUGUGGAAGUUGCAUACCUCUUGAUGUAUGGGAAUUUGCCUUCUCAGAGUCAAUUGGCAGACUGGGAAUUUGCUAUUUCUCAGCAUUCGGCUGUACCGCAGGGACUUUUGGAUAUUAUUCAAGCAAUGCCUCAUGAUGCACAUCCAAUGGGUGUGCUUGUUAGUGCAAUGAGUGCUCUAUCUGUCUUUCAUCCAGAUGCCAAUCCUGCCCUUAGAGGACAAGAUCUUUACAAGUCUAAGCAAGUGAGAGACAAACAAAUUGCACGUAUUAUAGGAAAGGCUCCCACCAUUGCAGCAGCAGCUUAUCUUAGAUUGGCUGGAAGACCUCCUGUUCUCCCUUCCAACAACCUUUCUUAUUCGGAGAAUUUCUUGUACAUGCUUGAUUCAUUUGGUAAUAGGUCUUAUAAACCCAAUCCUCGGCUUGCUCGAGUCCUCGACAUUUUAUUCAUCCUCCAUGCAGAGCAUGAAAUGAACUGCUCUACAUCUGCUGCUCGUCAUUUAGCAUCAAGUGGUGUUGAUGUGUUUACUGCUCUUUCUGGAGCUGUCGGAGCAGUGUAUGGCCCUCUUCAUGGUGGGGCCAAUGAGGCUGUCCUUAAAAUGUUAAGUGAGAUUGGAACUGUUGAUAACAUUCCAGGAUUCAUCGAGGGUGUUAAAAACAGGAAGAGGAAGAUGUCAGGUUUUGGCCAUCGAGUGUACAAGAACUAUGAUCCUAGAGCUAAGGUUAUUAGAAAACUUGCCGAAGAAGUAUUUUCUAUUGUUGGUCGGGAUCCUUUAAUUGAGGUGGCCGUUGCUCUGGAGAAGGCUGCUCUUUCUGAUGAGUAUUUUGUCAAGAGGAAAUUAUACCCAAAUGUUGACUUUUACUCUGGAUUAAUAUAUAGGGCUAUGGGAUUUCCACCUGAGUUUUUCACCGUGCUGUUUGCAAUCCCUCGAAUGGCUGGAUACUUAGCACAUUGGCGAGAAUCCCUCGACGAUCCCGACACUAAGAUAAUUCGACCUCAACAGGUAUACACUGGGGAAUGGCUACGACAUUAUAUUCCUCCAAAAGAACGACUUGUAUCGGCCAAAGCAGACAGGCUCGGUCAGGUUUCCGUUUCCAAUGCCUCCAAGCGUCGGCUGUCUGGGUCAGAGAUCUAAACUAUUUGAGAUGCAUGCAUAUCAAUUGUAGGACAAUAAAACAAAUGUGUAUGUGUAUGUAUAUAUCAUUUUAAUUUUAAAUUUUAAAUUUUAAAUUUUAAAUUUUA